CUGAGACACACUCACCCUGUUCUCUAUCUCUUCUAUGAAGACAUAAAGGAGAACCCCAAAAGGGAGAUCAAGAAGAUUCUUGAGUUUUUGGGGCGCUCUCUACCUGAGGAGACUGUGGAUUUCAUUGUUCACCACACAUCUUUCAAGAAAAUGAAGGAGAACCCCAUGACUAAUUACACAACCAUCCCCAGUGAACUUAUGGACCAGGAUGUUUCUCCCUUCAUGAGAAAAGGUAUCGUUGGGGACUGGAAAAAUACCUUCACUGUAGCCCAGAAUGAGCGCUUUGAUGCUCACUAUGCUAAGACAAUGAAAGGCUGUGACUUCACGUUCCGCUGUGAACUGUGAGUGGAUAUGGCUAUACUGGGAACCUAGG